UAUUUUUCUUCCUUCGGACAUAUCCAAUUUAGAUAUUUCACGGGAUUUUAUUUCAUUUUACAAAUCCCUCGUGGUUGCAUAUCGAUGGGAAAUAAUUAAAAUUCUCCCCCAGGGUCUCUUCUAUCUGCAUGCGUAUGCACAUUGCACACACAUUGUACAUCAGGGAAUAUUAUGGAAGAAAAUAAAUAUUACUUUGUCUAUCUUUUGCACGAGGUGAUGUUUGAAUUUAAAUAAAAGACAAAACACAAAGUGAAAAACUUUCCAUCCGCGUGGGCAUUCUCGUGUGUGCUGGAUGGACGUGGAUGUGGACACCUGCUGUGAGUAACCCUUUACCUAUGCGGUGGAAAAAUGUGGGAAAAGAUGGUGCGCCUUUGGGAGGAAAUUGAACUUUCUGUCGCACUUAACGGUGCUCUCACAUAGUGCGCGAGGGGAAUUUGUGAUUUAAAAGUAAAAAAUAAUUAUUAUUAAAUAUUUGCGCAAUUCUGACAUGUGAUAAUUCAACAAAUGGAAUCCAGACAAACAACACUAUUCCGCGCGCGCGGGGGCACGAUGCGAUGGAACCAACGACAUAUCUUCCCAAGCCACCCACACAACCACGGCCCAGGUGGGAGAGGAAGGUAAAAAUGAAGAUGGGUCGCUCGCUUCUCCAUCCCGAAGAGGUUAUUUGCACUUUAUCGUGCACCUCUUGUAAGGUAGAAUAUACCGUUAAAGCAUUCUCAGCCCGUUGGGGUAUAAAAGAACACGCAAGUUCUCAUCGCGAGUUCAGUUCUUGUCUAUUUCACCACCAAAGUGGUUGGGCAGUAGAAGAAGUUCGCUCUCUUUCUCCAUCACAAAACACAAAUAAUUUAAAAUUUAAACAACAACAAAAAAAACCCGCACGAGAUGCGUUACGGAGUCUUUCUUUCUGUGAUUUGUUUGCUUGUCCUUUGGGACACGGCAACAGGGCAAUUCCCAUCAUUUGGACGAUGCCCCGACUACGCACCUGUCGUUGAUUUCGACAAGGAGCGCUUCCUUGGGAUGUGGUACGAGCAGGAGCGCUACUUCACCCUCACGGAUUUGGCCUCAAAAUGCACAUCCGUCCACUACGAGAGACGAGCCGACAACAAACUCUACGCCAAUAAUGGUCAAGUCAACUUAUUCACAAACGUUCAGAGAAUCGUCUCUGGACCAAUGACCCUCUUUGGGCGCGGCACAACAGGAAGGUUCAGCGUCCGCUAUACAAACACACCAAUAGCCUACGAAACAACCUACAGUGUACUCGAUACUGACUACGAUGGCUUCGCCGUUCUCUACUCCUGCAGCUCCGUCAUCCCGUUCGGGCAUACAGACUUUGUCUGGCUCAUGACACGUGAUCGUCUACCGGCUGGGGAUGUACUACAACGUGCCUAUGGCACACUGGACAAGUACAAGAUUUCACGCACAUUCUUCGUGAAUACCGAUCAGAAGGAUUGCGAAGCCGUGGCCCCUGCAAUUGAGGCGUACGAUCCCACCGAGCCAGCACAGCGGAGUGAGGCAAUUGAGCCAGAAGAGCCCAAACCCGCGGAUGAGCUGAGAAAGGAGGAGGCACCACCCAAAGUGGAGGAGCCCGAGGAGAAGAAUGCCACCGACUGAGCAAAUUGCAACAACAAAAAAACAAACUAAAAUAAUCUCCCACUGAAGACAAUUCUUUCAUUUCUUUUUGUCUAUCUUGCAAAUGAAUAAAAAAAAAACUCACGAAGAGUUCAUGAAAAAAAAAAGAAA